AUGAGGCCCUGUCGCGGAGGGCCUGCGCCCUACGAGCUGCGUCGGCAGGGUGGCAGAACGGCAUGUGGUGUCGGAGUGCUCGGUGGUUCGCAAGGGAGCUCAAGCAUGUGGGGCACCUCACGACCUCGUCUGGUGAUGUCGGUGGGGUCGGCCAUGGCCGUGCCCGCGGAAUUAUCUGCCGUGGUGAUAGGUGGAGCUGAUGAUGGGGAUGGGUGGGGUGAGGCAGGCUGGAGUGGUGCACCUAUAUCUGUGUUAGAGGCGCACGGUCUGAGAAUCAGAUCGGUCUCCAUCGGAGAAGGCUGGGCUGUUGGGAGCGGGGUGGGGCUGCACGCAGUGGUCCAUACUAUGCCGCAUGCUUCCUGCUGCGCUACUCCAUGCUACAUUCUCCCUACUGUGCUGCUCCCUGCUGCAUCCUCCCUGCUGUGCUGCUCUCUGCUACAUCCUCCCUGCUGUGCUACUCUCUGCUACAUCCUCCCUGCUGUGCUACUCUCUGCUGCAUCCUCUCUGCUGUGCUACUCUCUGCUGCAUCCUCUCCUCCCCUUCCAUGCUGCUACUCCUCUCCUCCCUUCCUUGCUGCUACUCCUCUCAUCCCUUCCCUGCUGCUACUCCUCUCCUCCCUUCCCUGCUGCUGCUCCUCUCCUCCCUUCCCUGCUGCUACUCCUCUCCUCCCUUCCCUGCUGCUGCUCCUCUCCUCCCUUCUCUGCUGCUGCUCUUCUCCACCCUUCCCUGCUGCUGCUCCUCUCCUCCCUUCCCUGCUGCUACACCUCUCCUCCCUUCCUUGAUGAUGCUCCUCUCCUCCCUUCCCUGCUGCUGCUCCUCUCCUCCCUUCCCUGCUGCUACACCUCUCCUCCCGUCCUUGAUGGUGCUCCUCUCCUCCCUUCCCUGCUGCUGCUCCUCUCCUCCCUUCUCUGCGGCUACUCCACUCCUCCCUUCCCUGCUGCUGCUCCUCUCCUCCCUUCCCUGAUGCUUCUCCUUUCCUCCCUUCCCUGCUGCUGCUCCUCUCCUCCCUUCCUUGCUGCUACUCCUCUCCUCCCUUCACUGCUGCUACUCCUCUCCUCCCUUCAUUGA